AUAUGAUAUGAUCAGCAAACAAAUCAAUAACAUCUAGUUAUGAGCUAUUUUUUAUUUAUUCUUACUCAAAUAUAAUUUCAAUUCUUUAUUGCACACAACUUCUAUUCAAAAAAGAAAGGAAAUAAUUUAUAUCUAUGCUGGUAAAAUAAAUAAAUUACAAAUAUAAACGUAAACAUACAAUAUUGAAAAAAUAACAAUACAAAAUCACUUGCAGAUUUUCCAUUUCAGCUCUCUAUCAUACAUGAUUUUGAAAAUUUCCCCUCCGAAUGGUCGUACGUACUCGACAUGCGUCUAAAUAUCAGGUCAUGUAAUACAUGGAUGUACGGAUCCAAUACGGAUCGGACUCCUUUUGACAAUAAAAUUUUGACGUUGACAUUUAUCGUAAAUUGCAUCCGAUGAUUCUCAAACCUUUGUGUUUAUGUAAUUUUAAGUGAAUAAAAACUACAAAAGACGCAUCUUAUCCAGCAAGAUUUCAGGUUUCACUGUACACUCAGGUUCAAGUGAAAGAAUGCAGAACAUCGCCAAAUUGAUAUCUGAGCAGCUGCGAAACCCCAACGAGCUGGACUGUGAUCUCCGCAUGGAGUUUGGCCCGUUUGAAGCCGUGCACAAGUGGAAGCGUCUUUCAGAGUGCUAUGAAUUUGUUGGGGCAAGACGCAGCAAGCAUACGGCGGUGGCUUACAAGGAUGCGAUCUACGUAUUCGGCGGUGACAAUGGCAAGUCGAUGCUGAAUGACCUGAUCCGCUUCGACAUCAAGGAAAUGUCGUGGACCAAGACUGGCUGCAUGGGCACGCCGCCUGCGCCUAGAUACCACCACUCUGCUGUCGUGCACAGGUCGUCGAUGUUCGUGUUCGGCGGGUACACCGGCGACAUCCUCGCCAACUCGAACCUGACCAACAAAAACGACCUCUUUGAAUACAAGUUCCAGAGCGCGCAGUGGGUCCAGUGGAAGUUUACGGGCCAGGAGCCGGUACCCCGGUCGGCCCACGGAGCCGCAGUCUAUGACGACAAGCUGUGGAUCUUCGCAGGCUACGAUGGCAACGCGCGGCUGAACGACAUGUGGACUGUCAACCUCAGUGGUGAGCACAGGCAAUGGGAGCGCGUGGAUCAGCAGGGGCAGUGUCCCCCGACAUGCUGCAACUUCCCGGUGGCGGUGGCCAGGGGAAACAUGUACGUGUUCAGCGGACAGAGCGGCGCCAAGAUCACCAACGCACUGUUCCAAUUCCACUUCGAGACUCUAACGUGGAGCCGCGUGUGCACGGAGCACCUGCUGCGGGCGGGCGGGCUGGCGCCGGCGCGGCGCUACGGGCACGUCAUGGCCGCGCACGGCCGCCACCUCUACGUGUUCGGGGGCGCCGCCGACAACACGCUGCCCAGCGACCUGCACUGCCUGGACCUGGACACGCACAUGUGGUCAGUGAUCCACCCAACGGCCGACUCGCAAGUACCUUCAGGGCGGCUGUUCCACGCCGGCGCCGUGGUGGGGGAUGCGCUCUACAUAUUCGGCGGCACGGUCGACAACAACGUGCGCAGCGGAGAACUGUUCCGGUUUCAGCUGUCAAACUUCCCGCGCUGCACGCUGCACGACGACUUCGGCAACAUCCUGCGCUCGCAGCAGUUCUGUGACGUCACCCUGCUGGUGGGCCCGCAGCAGACGCCCGUCAUGGCGCACCAGGCUAUGCUCGCCGCCCGCAGCCAAUACCUGAGGAACAGGAUCAAGGAAGCCCGAGAGGAAGUGGAAGACAAGCUAGCAUUAGGUCAGCCAGUAGAUCCGAGGCUCAAGAUCAAGUUACCAGACGCGUCACCUGGUGCCUUCAGCAUGGUGCUGGACUACAUAUACACCGAUAGGAUAGACCCCACUCAGAAAGACGAAGACCCCGCGUCAACAGCUUCGAUCCUCCUAGUAAUGGAGGUCCUAGGUUUGGCUCUCCGGCUGCGCAUACCGCGGCUGCGCGGCCUUUGUGCGAGGUUUCUGCGAGCCAACUUAUGUUACACCAACGUACUGCCAGCAUUGACCCACGCUCACCACGCGGACCUGCAUUGUAUUAAGGAGUACUGCUUAAGGUUCGUAGUAAAAGACUACAACUUCACGCCGAUCGUAAUGUCGGUGGAGUUCGAGCGGAUGGAGCAGGGUCUCAUGGUGGAGAUCAUACGGCGCCGGCAGCAGCCGCCCGCCAAGUUGCCCCCGCACCACGACACUGAUGACGAGAUACUUGGCACGACGCUGGAGCAGGACAUGUGCGUGUUCCUGAGCGGCGGCGGCGCGGAGCUGGCCGACAUCAGCAUGCGCGUGGGCGCCGCCAGCCGCCCCGGGCACCGCUCCGUGCUGGCCGCGCGGGCCUCGUACUUCGAAGCCAUGUUCCGCUCCUUCUCGCCCGAGAACAACAUUGUCAAUAUCCAAAUUUGCGACACGAUUCCAUCGGAGGAGGCGUUCGAUUCCCUGCUGCGGUACAUCUACUAUGGCGACACCAACAUGCGCACAGAGGACGCCCUCUACUUGUUUCAAGCACCUAUUUACUAUGGGUUCACAAACAACCGACUGCAAGUGUUCUGCAAGCACAACCUGCAGAGUAAUGUGACUCCAGAGAACGUCUUAGCCAUAUUACAAGCGGCCGACCGCAUGAACGCAGCGGACAUCAAGGAAUACGCGCUCAAGAUGAUCGUGCACCACUUUGGACUGGUGGCCAAACAGGAGGCAGUCAGGAACCUCCCGCAGCCACUGUUGGUGGACAUCAUCGCGGCGCUCGCGGACGAGCCCAAGUUCGACGCGCCGCUGCCGGUCCAGCCGCGGUCCUUGCCGUCAUCGUCGUCCUCCGACACCCUCACUGACGAACACUCCUCGCAUUCCGUCACUCACUGCGCCAGUUACCGCAGCGGGAAGUAGACAACAACCCUGGCGACAAGCGAGUCGCCCAAAGGCCCCUGGCUCAUGUGGCUACGGACUAGAGUUUCAUUCCCGGGUAAUUUCCUGACAAUUCCCGGAUUUUCCCGGGAACUGACAAUCGAAUUCCCGGGUAUACCCGAGGUUUUACGUCAAAUUCCCGGACACUCCCGGGAAAUUUAAUCGUAUUCCCGGAUUAAAUAAAACCGCCGUGCAUACACUAAAUACUUUCAAGGACAGUAAGGGUCAUACAAAACCUACAAACCUUGUCAGCGACAGAUGUACAAAUGAUAAAUGCUUACACAGAUCGUAAAAGGAGUACAAAAGGGCGGCCUUAUUGCUCUAAAGCCAUUUGCAAGUAAUGAUUGGAAACUGCCAUAGGAUUAUAGAAUAGAAUUAGAUGCAGGAUGGUACAACAAAAAUAACAUACUGGUUUGACUUUUCACGACUACCCUCAAAAUGGACAACUUUUUUCUUUUUGACGUGAUAUAUUGUAGAUUUUCCUAGAUUGUAGUUUUGUCUCGGAUGGCAUUUACUACUUGUGCGGAAAAUGGGGAGCGCUGAGGGCUCUCACCUAGUAAAAAUUAAGCCAAAAAGUAAUUUAUAGUUUGUAAGAUAUAAAAGUAAUUUUACAGUAAUUCUUUGGCAAAAAGAGUGGAAUGCUAUUGUAAAGGUGUUUCGAAAUUGUAUUUAAAAAUAGUGCCAUCCUUUUCUAACGACAUGGGCAUGAGAGAGCUACUAAACUAGCGGCACGCUAUGGCACGCUAUGAUAGCUGCUUUAACAUAAUAAAGUACAGGAAUUCGCUCCGUUAAUGUAGCUAUAAAUUAAUUCGAAACUUGAUGAACACAAUAAAGUACAGCAAUUUCCUCCUUCAACAUCAUUAUUAAUUAAUACGAAACUAGUUUGCCAUAGUAGGUUUGGCGGCGAGGGCAUGCUGCCGCCACGGAUGUUUUUCGGGGUACCGAGCAUAGUAUCCCUCUAGCCACAUGUUGGUAGCGUGACUAGGUAUCGACGAUCCAACGGUGUUAUGUUGGAAGUUGUAUAUAUGCGUCUUGCUGUGUAAACUUCGAUAUCGCGUUUCACGACUGGUGGAUGACUGCAUUAUUGAAUGUGGCGCCAUCUGUUGCAUGUGGGCGGAACUAGCUGGCCAACUAGUUGGGUCCGCCACAGUAGGCAACAUUUUUAUACCAAUGAUCAUAAAGCCUCGGCAACACGUAAUGCUCAACAUGUACAGUCAUGAGCAAUAUAAUGUACCCACUUUAGGACUCUGUCGCACUAACAUAUUUGACAUUUAGUGAGACUUACAGUUCAAUUUGUCAAAAAGGUUAAUGUGACAUGGUACCAAAGUGUAUACAUAUUAAUGCUCGUGACCGUACGACAACGUUGCACAACAGCGCGCGACAUUGCCAGAUCAAGCGCAACAUGUCGCGUGCCUUGUUGUUUGUUUAGAGAGUACCGCUAGUUGAGCACCAAUUUCUGUUGAGUAGAGGCGUGACGCGCAACAACACGUAGUUCCUCUGGCGAUAUGUUGUCGCGACAAACGUGUGACGUCGUUGUUAAACAAAAGGUCCGCGCUAACUUUCAACAUGUGGGGCAACACGACGCGCGUCAAAUGUUGUCAAGUUAAAACGCAGCUUAAUAUUAUGUAAUAUCCACUUUUUUUGUCAAACUAAAAGUUAUGGCUGUGCAUUUACUAAAAUAUAAGUAGGAAUAAAUUGUUU